AUGCCUAAUACGCCGAAGCGCACAAGCACUACCCCCCAAAGGAGGCCGAAAUUACAACCAGCAACUGAUUCAAUUGCCCCCACUGAGUUUCUCAAGGAAUGGUCCGCAACGAAGCCCGACAGGCGUUUCCGCGUGUUCAAACUCGCCACAUACAUGCCUCAAGUGGAGAAAACCCACGCUUUGCCACGCUCACUAGGAGCGGAUGCUGGGCAGGGCUGUCCCCCAAGAUCUGUUGAAUAG